AUGAUCGUCGAUUUUGCCUUUAUCUUAUGUUUCCUCUUGGGGUCUGUGCUGGGAAAGAUCUUCAACAGUUAUGCCGAGAGUGUAGGCACUACACAGUACGACUUUGUCAUCGUUGGUGCUGGAGCUGGGGGAGCUGCUAUGGCGAACCGCUUGACGGAGACGAACGUUUCGGUUUUGUUGGUGGAGGCUGGCGGCGCGAAUGACGGAAAUAUCACUCUUGAUGUUCCACUCUUGUGCACUCGGCUCACGCCGCAGACUCAAUGGGAUUGGGGAUUCAACACCACAGCUCAGGAUAAUAUGAAUGGAAGGAUCUUGCCCUUUCCACGCGGUAUUGGUCUGGGUGGAUCCACAGCUGUCAACUGUCUUGUUUAUACCCGCGGAACAUUUCAGAAUAUCGAUACCUGGGCUCAGAUCUCGGGAGAUGAGUCUUGGGGUUGGGACGCUAUGCUUCCUUACUUUAUGAAGAGCGAAAAAUUCAAUUUCCCCGUAGAUGGCCAUAACGUUUCUGGACAGUUUGACCCAGCGUUCCAUGGCUUCGACGGUUUUAUCGGCGUUAGUGUUCCCGGUGCGAGUCGGGCUAUCGACGGGAAGGUCAUGGAGACCACGCAGGAGCUCACUGAGUUUCCAUUCAGGAUAGACUGGAACUCUGGUGAACAUCUGGGUAUCGGAUGGGUCCAAGCACUGAUCGAUCGUGGCGUUCGUUCCAGCUCCAAAGCAUAUCUCACCGCGGAGGUGCUAGCUCGCUCAAAUCUCGACGUUCUCCUCAACUCUCAGAUCAGUCGUGUUCUGGAUACGACCGGGGGUUCGAAUGGUACCAUGAGCUUCACCACUAUCGAGUUUAGAGAUAAUACCAAUGGGGACAUGCAUAACCUCACUGCCAACAAGGAAGUCAUCCUCUCUGCCGGUUCUGUGAACACUCCCGUUAUUCUCAUGUACUCUGGCAUCGGAGACUCCACCCUCCUAUCUUCCCUCGAUAUUCCGACACUAGUCGACCUCCCUGCCGUAGGCCAGAAUCUCACGGAUCACGUUGGUGUCUCGUCCACAUGGCGCGUGAACUCCACCUUAACCUUCGACACUGUCCUUCGGAAUCAGACGCUAGAGGAUGAGUUGGUGGAGCAGUGGACGCGGAAUAAGACGGGAAUUAUGGUAGACACAAGCGAGAAUCAUGCUGCGUGGUUAAGAGUCCCUGAGAACUCAACGUUGUGGAGUACGUACGGCGAUCCAGCGGCGGGGAACAUAACAGCGCAUUACGAAUUUUUGUUCCAGAAUGGACUAUCCAGUGUCACCACUGAUGGAAAUUACUUCAAUUUUCCUGUUGGCAUGGUCUCCCCUGCCUCUCGUGGAUCUAUAACUAUCAACUCCUCAGACCCCUUCUCGACCCCACUCAUCAACCCUAAUCUACUCUCUGAGCCUGUCGACUUAGCUUUUCUUCGCGAGGGAAUCCGAUCCUCCCGCCGCUUUAUCGCUGCGCAAGCCUGGGAUGGAUACUUCCUAGAAGCCCUGAACACUGCCGAGACCGACGAUGAGUUGGAUGCGUACAUCAGAGAGAACGGGGUCAGUUUCUUCCAUCCUGUGGCGACGGCGGCGAUGGGUGAGUUUGGGGUUGUCGAUGUGAACUUGAAAGUCAAGGGAGUGAACGGAUUGAGGAUCGUCGACGGUAGUGUUAUCCCGAGGCUACCAGCUGCUCAUACUUCUGGUCCGAUUUAUGCCGUCGCGGAGAGAGCGGCUGAUAUUGUGAAGGCCGAGUAUGGAUUGUGA